AUGCCGUCCAUCACAACUACCGAGCAGUCCUUGCAGGGCGUCGCUGUGAAGCCUCUGCCGCACGACAAGACUUCACCCUCACCUCUCGAGUUAUACGGUCUUCCUUACUGGGGCAAUGAGAAUGGACAAAAGUACGGACGCAGUCUUCAUCCACUGUAUUGUGUGAUGCCUCCUCUUGAGCUUUUUGAGCACUACGAGCACGGCAAGGAUGCAGAUCCCAAGUUUGGCUCCCUCCUAAAAGAGGGAGUCAAGAUUUCCGAAAUCACCAAGUCGAUCGGUGCUGAGGUCACUGGUGUUCAGCUCUCUCAGUUGGAUAACAAGGCAAAGGACGAACUUGCACUCCUGGUGGCACAGAAAAAAGUCGUCGUCUUCCAUGAUCAGGACUUCAACACUAUCCCGAUCCAGCAAGCUGUAGACUUUGCGAGCUACUUUGGCAAGCUACAUGUCCAUCCUGUCAGUGGCGCCGUUCCCGGGUUUCCUCAACUGCACAUGGUCCAUCGCGGUCUUGAUGAUGUAGGCCAUGACAAAUUUCUUGAGACUAGGACUACAUCAGUCUCGUGGCACAGUGAUGUGAGCUACGAGCUGCAGCCUCCGGGAACCACAUUCCUAUACGCCAUCGACGUGCCCGAGGCUGGUGGAGACACUUUGUUCGUCAACCAGGUCAAGGCUUAUGAGCGACUAUCUCCUGCCUUCCGACAGCGAUUAGAAGGGCUUAAGGUCGUGCACUCUGCCCAUGAGCAGGCUCAAGCUGCGCUCAAGAACGAUGGACAAUUGAGAAGAGACCCAAUUACCUCUGUGCAUCCCCUUGUUCGAACCCAUCCUGCGACGGGUGAGAAGGCGCUUUACAUCCAACCUCAGUUUGCCCGUUCGAUUGUGGGCUACAAGAAGGAAGAGAGUGAUUCGCUGCUCAACUUUCUUUACCACCAUAUCGCCUUUAGUCAAGAUCUUCAGUGUCGCGUCAAAUGGAGCCCUCGAUCUGUUGUCGUGUGGGAUAACAGAGUAACAGCUCACUCGGGCCUGGUGGAUUGGGAGGGACCUCGCUUUAGGUAUAUUGCCCGCCUGGCAGCACAGGCUGAGGUGCCCACGGAAUAA